AUGGUACACUGCAAUCAAAGAGGCUGCGAAGUCUUAUGCGGAGAUAACAGUCACACGUUCCGCUUUGAACAAGCCGGUCCCUCACAAAUUGCGGGAGUUCAGCAGUCUCUUCUAAAGAACAACGAAGACGGAACGUUCAGUUUAGACGAACUGAGGGAUAAAAUUCGCAAAAAUCCGGAUUGCCAUGAACCGAUUCCCGCACUUGUGAUCGUCGAAAACACCCAUAACAUGUGCGGUGGGAAAGUUCUGCCUCUCGAAUGGCUGGAAAAAGUUGGUAAUAUCGCAAACGAAUACGGCUUGAAAGUCCACAUGGACGGAGCCAGGUUGAUGAACGCGGCUGUUUAUUUGAAAGUAUCGCCCAAGCGUGUGGUCAGGGAUGUCGAUAGCGUUUGUUUCUGUUUAAGUAAAGGACUGGGCGCUCCGAUUGGCUCCAUCUUGGCGGGAACGCGGCAAUUUAUAGCAAAGGCCAGAAGGACAAGGAAAGUGCUUGGGGGAGGCUGGCGACAAGCUGGCAUUAUAGCUGCUGCAGGCUUAGUAGCUCUGGAUAAAAUGAUUGAUAGAUUGCAAAUCGAUCAUGAACAUGCUUAUCGAAUCGCCAAAGCAAUCCAUGCGACCAAAUCUUCCAUCUUUAAAGUCGACUUAGCGCACGUCCAAACCAACAUCCUACUCAUGUACGUGGACCGCAGUAAAGUGGAGAUUCGCGAGUUGCAACGUCGCUUACAAACUGUAUUAAAGACCGACAGUGUUAAGGCUAGUGUUAGGUGCACAUCUUUGAGCCCCACGUGCGUACGUUUCGUUUUCUAUUGGGAAAUCACCGAAGAAGACGUCAAAAUGGCCAUUGAAAAGAUCACGUUGGUGAUCAAGGAAUAUGAUAAUCAAUUUCGAAUUGUUGACACGAAUUCGAAGAUUUUCAAAGCAGAUUUGUCUGGAGUUCAAACCAACAUUGUUAUUAUGAAAUUGGAUUCCGUGAAUAUCGUUGCGAAAGAUUUUCAAACGAGAUUAACUCGAAUUGCAGAAGGAGAAGAUUCAAAUGUUGUCAUAAAAUGCAGCUCAAGAGACUCUAACUGUGUUAGAUUCGUUACCUAUUGGGAAAUCACUAGUGAAGAUAUUGAUGAGGCCGUCAAAAAAAUUCAGCACGUUAUUCACGAAUUUGAAGAAAAGUGUAAUUGA